UUACUUCUUCCGGAAACAUCUCAUGGGUGAAAGGUUCUUUUGAGAGAAAAAUACAAUAUGAGCACAGUCGUUGAAAACGGCGUGGGUGCCUCGAAGUCUCGCGGCGUGUUUUCUAGAGCUUUCGCAAAGAAAGCGCAACCUCUCGAAGAAGCUUUGUCCAGCUUGAAUCGGUUGAACAAGGACAGUGAUGUACUUGUCCUCGAUGAAGCCGUCACAUCACACCCCACCCUGGCCUUAAUGCGCCGCAUAGUUGCAGAUGCGCAGGCGAAACUUCGCGUGAUGGUUGAAGAGAACGCAGCGACGGGUGCCCGGCUGGACGGGGAACUGGAAAGGGCGAGAGGAGAAUGUGCGUCUUUGAGGGGAGAACUAAGAGAUGUCCGGGGUGCCCUGGUACUGAAUAAUAACAACGCCAAUGGUGGGGGGAGCAGUAGUGCAAGUAGUAGCAGUAGCAACAAUAAUGCCAGCAACACAUCUUCGUCGAACGCCUCAUCCAGUGGUAGUGGUUUCAAUCUGAUUCCUGCACAGGAAGUUGGGGAGGUUCAGCCCCAGCAGGAUGACACCAAGAGGCUCAUUGCUGGCAGUAGUCCGGUGGAUAAGAGAAGCUCUGCCAGCGAAAAAUCAACUAGUCCUGUGGAGAAAAGAACUAGUCCCAUUGAUAAGAAGGAGAGAACGAGCCCUAUUGACAGAAUAUCGAGUCCUGUAGAAAGACGGAAUGUAUCGCCAUGUCGAAGCCCGAGCGAAAAAGCUCGAAGACCUUACGCUACAGUUCUGGAAAACGCUAGAUUGAGUGGUUCAGGUGGAAGUGUAGAUUCAAGAUCAGGAAGUGCGAGUCCAGAGCGAGGGUCGUCGAGUGCAAGGGGAUCGUUUCUCCAUCGAGGAGGUAGCGAACGAUCAAGCAUUGAGAGGCUACGAAUCUCCACAAAUCGUGACCCAUUAAGGUCAUCCAAAGAUUUAAAUGAUGUGGAAAAAGAUAGCAAGGAUCUCGUAGACGGAGAUGUCCGUGCUGAUGAGGACAACGAACCACCAGGUCCAGCUCCAGGCAGCAGGCCAACGUCCCCGGCUAAUUCCCUCGGUCUAGUUGGUGAUCCCGUAGUGGCGUCACGUCUAUCGAACAUCCACGGAAGUACUGGUCCCGUAGAAUUAGCGAGUGCACGAAGGUUACGCCUUGAAAAUGAAAGAUUGGUAGCGGAAGUCGCACGAUUGAGGCGAUUGUUGUUGAGUGGAGCGUCUCGAGGUGAGGUUGGUGGCGAUGAUGCUGCCCUGGAAGAAGAAGCACGCUUCGUUGCCCUGGAAAUGGAGCUCCAGCAUGCCAGGGAAGCCCUGCAGGUUCUCAAAGCUGAUCGCAAAAGGCUCAAAGCCGAGAAGUUCGACCUACUCAAUCAAAUGAAAGCUCUCUACGGAACUCUCGAAGAUAAGGAACGAGAACUUCGUGACUUCAUUAGAAACUAUGAACAGCGGAUGCGUGAAAACGAGGCGACCUUGGGACGUCUCCAGCAAGGUGCAGGGCUUCCAUCAGAAGAGAGAGAACGUGAAAGAGAACGGGAACGUUGGAGUCUCCUGAGAGCUGCCAGGGACGAGGCGGAUCGGAGUCUCAGUUUAGCAGCUACUUUAGCCGAUAAGGAAGCUGCUCUAUGCCACGCACAUGCUACUAUUAAAGAGCUUCAAAGACAGUUAUCAGAACGAGGGGGCGGGGGUGGAAUUUGUUUAAGCGACCAAGAGUCAGUGGUCUCGUUUCCAAGGGGCAGCAUAAAUGGCGCAGCGACUCCUGGAGCCGGAAGUAGCAGUGGAGGCGGCGGAUGUGGUAUCAUUCCUCACCUGGGUUCUCAACCACCGCUUGGCAGUGUUGAAUUGGUUAUGACUGUUUGCAACGUCGGCGUGGGCGUUGGGGCCGGAUCUACUUCCGGUGGCCAAGCUGGUGAUCGCGGCAGCUGCAGCGCCGACAGUGGCGUUCGUGGAUCUAGCGACCGGGAGAGUGGAGGUGCUACCAGUAUUGGAGGAAAUCUUUCGGAUUCGACAACUGACGGCACGCCAACUAUUACGGUCGAGGGAAGUGGUCUGGAUAUGGACAGCAUCUCCGUGGUAUCCUCAAUAGCGCCACCCUAUAUGUACCAAUCGACUACGCCGAAGGAUUGCAGCCCAACUCUGUCGCCUUUGAAUGCAUUUUCAAGAUCGAUGGACAAUUCAUCACUGUCUCGUUCUGUUGAGCAGCUGUCGAGUCCUUUGGACUCCGAGCCUAGAAGAAACAAACAGCCUCCACCUGUCAUCCCACCUGCUGCACACUCACGGUCUUCUGCCACAAGAGGGGGCACGUGGGGUUCUAUUUCAAGGGUAUUCGCCCGUUCACGACACCGGAAGGCAGCAAAUAGUUCCGGAGGCGGUGGUAUGGGGAAUGAAGGUCCGGAAGGAUUCGAUCCCUAUCGAUCACGGUCGCCACUUACGGAGGAGGGAUAUGCCGAGAAACUUCGUCUACUCAGGGAAGCUGCAUCGAUUCCUAUGGAGAGAUGGAGAGCUCCAACGGUUUUAGCGUGGCUGGAAGUGGCACUUGGUAUGCCUCAAUAUGGACCGCGAUGUGCUGAAAAUGUGAAAUCUGGCAAGGUUUUGCUCGAAUUGAGUGAUGCUGAGUUAGAGGCGGGUCUUGGGGUGACUCACCCUCUGCACAGGAAAAAGUUAAGACUGGCGAUCGAAGAACAUCGGCAACCGAAUCUCGUUCGAUAUCCUUGUAUCGCACAACUAGGACAUACUUGGGUCAGUUCUGAGUGGCUGCCCGACCUUGGACUUGCUCAAUAUUCAGAAAGUUUUGCCACUAAUAUGGUAGAUGCGCGCAUGCUGGAUCAUCUUAGCAAAAAAGAACUUGAAAAGCUUCUUGGCGUGACUAGAAAGUUUCAUCAAGCAAGUAUAGUUCAUGGGAUUCAUUUGCUCCGCAUGCUCAACUACGAUCGACAGGCUCUAGCGGUUAGGAGGCAUAAUUGCGAACAAAUCAACAUUGAUCCUCUGGUUUGGACGAAUCAGAGGUUCAUUCGGUGGGCGCGAAGUAUCGACCUGACUGAGUACGCCGACAAUCUAAAAGAUUCUGGGGUACAUGGUGCACUGGUGGUUUUAGAGCCAUCUUUCACCGGAGAUACGAUGGCGACAGCUUUAGGAAUUCCUCCUGCAAAGCAUAUGAUUCGACGACACCUCACGGCGGAGCUAGAUGGUCUUGUGCUUCCAGCAAGAAGUCAACUGGAGGUGGUCCCCCGGAAUGGAAUCGGCGGAAGUCGACCCUUGAGCACUAUGAGCGCAGGUGGCAGUCUGGGCCGAGGAAGUCGUGCUCUUCAUCUGCCGCAUCAUCAGAGCUCUCUCUCGGCGCUCCAUAUGACAUCCAAUAAUCACAGCAGCACAGUGGACAGGCGAAGAUCCAGUCUCAGGGGUUCACUCAGCAGAGCAUUCGGUCUGCGACCAAGAAGUGAAAAAGCCUCACCAUCCUCUUCUUCGGACACCGGAAGUCUUGCCAGUCAGUACAUGAGCAGCAUCCGCAGUAAUUCUCCGCCACCUCCUCAACUUCCACCCCGACCAGCUUUGAUGGCUGGAAAAAAGCAUCGUAGGGUUAAGAGCAUUGGAGACAUCGAAUACAUAAGCAGUGCUGCAGUUAGUACACCUGUCUGACAAGAGGGAAGGCCCCACCAUUUGGGGCCUUAUCGGAGCUUGAGUGAACGUGGCUACUCUUCAGCCUCCUAUUCUUCACAAUACGGAUCAUAUUCAGGCUACAGCAAUGUAGUUUCUAGUGAUUACUAUCAGUAUCAACCUUCUGGAAAUGCGUAUUAUCAAUUGCAAGGCGGAUGUUAUUCACCUCAGAACUCAGGACUACCUUUUUCUGGAGUUCAGAGGUAUGGAAGUCUUGCUGAAGAAGCCUGGCCAGCCUCGAAAGAUGAAAGACCAGUUUCAACUGGUAUUUCGAAAAACUUCUCAAGAACAUAUUUGGCUUAGGUUUUUCUUGAAAUUUAUGCGACUGCUAAAAGGUACCGAUUAGCUACUAGUUAAUGAAGAGACAAUUGGAUUAAUCAGGUUUUAUGCGGGCUUCACAAAUUUUAUUCAUCUGGCUUAUUUAUCUCAUUUGGAGUUUAAAUAAUAUAUUUUGUAAAUUAAAAAUUCAAAACCUUAGAUCAAUGCAUUCUUGAGCUGCUAAAAAUGUAACACUUAUUAUUUUUGAAGACAUUAACAUUUUAUUUCAAAUUAACUUCAUGUACCGUUUUAGAAAUCUGAAAUGUUCUGCGAAUUCUACACUCAGAAAAAAGUUUCUUGUAUUCAAAGAAAAUCUCUUUGAAUAAAAGAAAACUCUUAAUUGGCUCUCAGUCAAAGAAAAGUUUAUUUAAUUGAAAGAAAGUUCUUUUGAUACGAACAAAAAGCACCCCGCACAAUUAAUAUUAAAAUCCGGCCCCGGUCAAAUUGGCUGAAAUUACAAUAUAAUAUAGUUCAAAACCUCCUGAUCAAAAAAUCCUAAUGGGUACUAAUCCAAAAAAAUCCAAAGUUUUUGAGAUAGGUGGGUCUGAACGCAAAAAAUAUGGCCACAAGCGAAUCUAAUGUCCCCUUU